AUGCAGUACUUGAAAACUCAUGUUCAAGGUGAUGCUGCAAGAGUCAUUCAACAUCUGGAUGUGAACAACGAAAAUUACGAGGCAGCAAGGCACAUGCUGCGAGAACGGUAUGACAACAAGCGAGCCAUGUCAUGGAAUUACUUGCACAAGUUCCACAACUUGCUAAUGGCAAAGGAAGAUUCUGAUUCCUCUAUCAAACGAGUAAUGGACGCCACCGCAGAGUUCAUCGCUAAUAUGAAUAGCAUCGGCGUCAACACUGAGCAUUGGGACUUAUUGGUCAACAAGCGAGCCAUGGCAUGGAAUUACUUGCACAAGUUCCACAACUUGCCAAUGGCAAAGGAAGAUUCUGAUUCCUCUAUCAAACGAGUAAUGGACGCCACCGCAGAGUUCAUCGCUAAUAUGAAUAGCAUCGGCGUCAACACUGAGCAUUGGGACUUAUUGGUCAUUUUCGAAACAACUCAGAAAUUGGACCAACAAUCUCGACGAUUAUGGGAGGCAUCACUGGGUGCUAACGCAGAGUUAACCACCUUGAAAUUGUUUUUGGAGUUCCUGACGAGUCGGUUCAGGGCACUCGAGGCGUUGAACAUUCCUCGGAAAACUUCUAAGGUUGACUCACUGACGACUACAACGACAAAGGCAUGCAGCAUUUGCACCAAGGACCACUACAUGAAUCAGUGCGACAAGUUCAGAGAGAUGGACGAGCAACAACGGAAAAAUGAAGCAAGAAAACAAAACUUGUGCUUUAACUGCUUGAGGAAGGCACAUGGCGUCAACCAAUGCAACUCGAGUGGCAGGUGCCGGACAUGUUCGAAGAAGCACCAUUCGUUACUACAUAACAGUGAAAUCACAAGCAUUUCAAAAAAAUUGACAGUCGAUUCUAAACCGUUCAUCCCGACUACCAAAGCGUUGUUGGCUGGGGAUGGAACGCUGGAUCAAACAGUAAUACUCGGAACCGCUCGAGUUGAUGUACAGAGUGUUUCGGGCGAAUUUGUGACUUUGAGAGCUUUAAUAGAUUCUGGGUCGCAAAGGAGUUUCAUCACGGAAUCAGCGGUUCAAUUGCUUGGUCUACGAAGGCGAUUCUCAAAGAUACAUAUAUGCGGAGUCGGAGCAGGUACAAGACUGCAGAGCAGAAGCAGUGUGGAUACUACCGACCAUAACGAACUUGCAUUCGUCAACCGAAACCCAGUCAAGCUGCCAGCGGGACUAUCAAUCAAAAAAUUAGCUGAUCCCCAAUACGGAACUCCAGGGCGAAUCGACAUUCUGCUUGGAGCAGACAUCUACAACGAGAUCGUGUUAGCAGAGUUCAAAAGGGGACCUCCUUGUGCAGUGAAUACCAGAUUUGGCUGGAUUUUACUCGGUCCGAUUGCUGCUCGAAACAAUCAAGAGGGAAUAUUGACAUUUAUCGCUACUGAAGACAGCACGGAUAGGCUGGUCAAGAGGUUUUGGGAAAUCAACGAGAUACCGAGCGAACAGCCGGUAACAAGGGACGAGCAGGCAGCUAUGGAAUCGUAUCAGCAGACCACCAGGAGGGACGAGUCUGGCAGAUACAUUGUUCGGCUCCCGUUUAAGCAAUUGGAAAAACGAUUGAACAACGACGAUGACUUAAGGAAUCAAUAUGUAGCAUUCAUGGAGGAAUACCUUGAGCUAGGCCAUAUGGUGGAAGUGCCAAUCGCAGAUAAGUUUACAAAACAGACAUAUUACUUGCCUCAUCAUGCCGUACGCAAGGAUGGCAGUACCACCACAAAGCUUCGAGUCGUUUUCAAUGCGUCUCAAGCAACACCAACAGGCAAGUCACUCAACGAUAUCUUGCUCGUCGGUCCCAACAUUCAGAAUAGCAUCACUCAUGUAUUGAUGAGAUGGAGAACGCAUCGAUACGUGAUAGCAGCUGACAUAGAAAAGAUGUACCGACAGAUAAGUAUACAUCCUCAGGAUCAGGACUAUCAACGAAUCCUGUGGCGAAGUCAUCCAUCCGAACUGAUUAAACAUUUUAAGUUAACAACAGUUACAUAUGGCGCGGCCAGCGCCCCGUACUUGGCGAUGCGCACUUUGCAUCAGCUAUCGGAUGACGAAAGGAUGCACUAUCCAAAAGCGUGUCGAGCCAUUAAAGAAGACUUUUAUGUGGAUGAUGUCCUAACAGGCGGAGAUACAAUCAAGGAAGCGCAAACCUUACAGCAAGACCUUAUCAAAGUGCUACAAAAGGGAGGGUUUAAAUUAAGGAAAUGGGCAGCAAAUCACGAUAGUCUGUUGGAGUCAAUUCCUGUUUCCGAUAGAGAAGCGAACCGACCGUUAAGCAUCGACAAGGAAGAUCACAUCAAGACGCUAGGACUACGAUGGCAUCCAGCAAGGGAUUGCUUCUUCUUCAAGGUUACCUUAGAGGAGAUCACAGGUACUGUGCUCACGAAACGACAAUUGCUUUCUGAGGUAGCCAAAUUAUUCGAUCCAAUGGGAUGGUUGCAGCCAUGUAUUGUCGUAGGGAAAAUAAUGAUGCAGCAGUUGUGGUUACAACACAGAACCUGGAAUGAACCAAUCACAGAAGAACUUGAUGCGAAAUGGCGAAACUUCCGUUCACAGUUGCCGGUUCUCCAGGAAAUUACUAUUCCAAGGUGGCUACACUGUAGUGAUACUGUAACUAUUCAAGUCCAUGGAUUUUGUGACGCCUCAGAAGCAGCAUAUGUGGCAGUCAUCUAUGUACGCAUUGAGGACCGUGACGGUUCCACAACUGUUCAACUCAUAACGUCGAAGUCCAAAGUCGCACCGUUAAAGGUCCAAUCGAUUCCACGGUUGGAGCUGUGCAGCGCUGCGCUCUUGUGCGACCUGAUGUCAACUACGUUAGAAGCCCAUGGUUGGAAGGAUGUCAUUCCCUAUUAUUGGACAGAUUCGAUGAUCGUACUACAAUGGCUCCAAAGUCCAGCAGCUAAAUGGAAAGUGUUUAUCGCCAAUAGAGUCAGCCACAUUCAUUCCUCCUCCGAUUCCAAACAAUGGCGACAUAUAAAUAGCAAAGCAAACCCGGCAGAUGUCGCAUCCCGUGGAAUUUUCCCUAACUUUUUAAAAAAUCAUGUACAGUGGAGGAACGGCCCGGACUGGUUAAAGGAACAUCAAGACAAAUGGCCGAAAUUCAGAUUCAUAUGCAACAAAGCAGUCACCAAUUUAGAAGUACGACAAAAGGCAGCAUGUUUCAGAACUAUUAAGGCAGAAGAAAAGGAGAAUUUAACGCAACGAUUCUCAUCAUUCACGAAACUCGUAAGAGUCAUCGCUUACUGCAGAAGAUGGAGGUCUAACUCUCACAACCCAUUUUUAAAGUCAGAUGAGCUCCGACAAGCGGAAACCGCUCUCAUUAGGAUGAUUCAGCGAGAGGCAUUUGCAGAUGAUAUCAGUCUACUCAACACCAACAAACCCUUGGCCAAGACUAGUUCGCUGAUUAGGUUAACACCGUUCCUCGAUUCAGACCAGAUCUUGCGGGUAUGUGGAAGGAUACAGCAGAGUGCUGCAAAUUUCGAUACAAAACACCCUAUACUACUACCCCGAGGACAUAUGGCUAAUCUGAUCAUAAAACAUUACCAUCAUGUAAUGCUGCAUGGUCCCGCUCAGCUAGUACACUCGACGAUUCGUACGAAGUACUGGAUCAUUGACGGGCUCACGGCCGUGAAACAAUUCGGGAGGAAAUGUACCCAUUGUUUCAGAAUGAACGCCAAACCGAGUCAACAACUGAUGGGAAUACUGUCUCAGGAACGAGUACGGCCAGGAAAACCUUUUGCUCGGACAGGAAUUGAUUACGCUGGGCCAAUCACAAUUAAAUGGAGUAACGGUAGAGGGACCAAGACCACCAAAGCAUACAUAGUUGUGUUCGUAUGUCUAUCUACAAAGGCUGUACAUCUUGAGCUCGCUAGCGAUCUAACAGCGAAAACAUGCAUUGCAGCAAUCAGACGGUUCAUUGCAACGAGAGGUAUGUGUCACACCUUGAUAAGCGACAACGGCACCAAUUUUGUAGGGGCUGACAAACUGUUGCGUGAGACGGCACGAAAGAUGAUUGAGGAAGCACAAGGAAAAUUAGCUGUAAACAACAUCAACUGGAAGUUUAUUCCACCGGGAAGUCCUCACUUUGGAGGGAUCUGGGAGGCAGCAGUCAAAAGUAUGAAGCGCCAUUUGAUCAAAACCAUCGGUGCGCACUUGUUAAAUGUGGAAGAAAUGUUCACGCAGCUAGCACAGAUCGAAGCAUGUAUGAACUCGAGGCCCUUGACACCAUUGAGCACUGAUCCACAUGACCUUACCGCUUUGACUCCUGGACACUUCUUGACGGGGGAACAUCUGUUUGAACUGCCGGAUGGAAAUACAGAAGACAAUGUUACAAAAAAGUGGCAACUAGUGCAAAGGCUCAAACAACAGUUCUGGCAUCGAUGGAGUUUGGAGUAUUUGACACAGUUGCAGCAACGAGCAAAGUGGUUUAGUGAGAAUCGAAAAAUAAACGUGGAUGAUCUAGUCCUCAUUAAAUGCGAAAAUCAACCGUCUGGCCGAUGGCCUCUAGGAAGAAUUGUGGCAGUUUAUCCUGGAAAUGAUGGACUAACUAGAGUAGUCACGCUGAAGACCGAAAAUAACAUAAUCAAACGACCUAUUUUGAAGAUUUGUCCUUUGCCAAACAACGGGGAACGUACAGUAGAGCCAACGAUAGCUGACAUUGGUAUCCACCCAAAUCGGCAGAAAAGGAAACAAGAAUCCCGGUCUGGGGGAAAGACAUCAAAAAUGUCCAAACUGAUGAUAAAUUUAAUCGCUUUAUUGGUUUGUGUCACAGGGGCAAAACGCAACUAUACCAUCAAGCACCCUGAAUCAGGGAUAUAUGUCGAGCAUUUGGGUCAGGUUCGACUAAUAAAGGGACAAUUCGGGUUAGACGUCAAUAUCUCUAGUGAAGAGAUCAUGUCUGACCUAGAGCACACUCGACAGAUAUAUCAGAAUAUGUCCAAUAUCUGUAAAGAAGGCCUACGAUUACACCCAGAUAUACGGUGUGCGGAGCUUGUGACUCAACUUGAACAUGAAGUCAACAUAACAAUGGACGCUAUCAGUCCAUGGGUUACAGUGAGGAAUCAACGCGGUCUCCUAGGAAAUCUACUGCAAGGAAUCUUCGGAGUGAACGACGAAGUCUACGCAGACAUCGACAAACUGGAUGAAAAUCAAAGGCAGGUCAUCAAGACUUUGGAACACCAUGGCAACCUGUUGUUAAGCACUACCGCACUUGUGAAAGAGACACGGCAAGCUCUUAUCACUAAAUUACACCUCGUCGCUAGGAAAGUAGAUCACGCCUAUAAGACAAUGGCAGAAAUGGCCACCUGGUACACCAAUCACAACAGAAUCAAUAUUCAACUCUUGGCAGCGUAUCAGGCAGCAUUCACUUGGCUGGAGCACACUCAGAAGCAUUAUGAAGCGAUUUACAAAAUUAAAUCAGGAACAGGAAGCUUUUCGGAAAUACUACCAGCAUUAACCAUAGUGACCACCCUCUCUCGGAUGCAAGAAAAGCUAGGAGGUGAACUGAUCAUAGUUUCACAAGAAGUAGGCAAACCUGGCAUUUCUACCCAGGGAAACAGAAUUACGUUUUCCGGCUGGUUCCACAUCGUUGAACGAAAGAUGACGAUGACCACCCGAAUUGCAUCUUGGACGAGAUCUACAACAGAUUCAACAAGACACCAUGCCCGCAGCACAUCAUUCAUGAGAAGAACAUGUUGUGGAAACAGUUAA